AAAACGUUUUGGUUGGACAUUUUUUGGUUUAUUUAGCACUAAUAGUGGAAAGCCUGCCUUAGAAAAUAAAUCCACUGCUACAUCGAAAUCGAUAACAACAGACGCAAGAGACGAAGAGACGACAAAAACAAUGCCUGUUCCAAAGCAGAAACCUCAGCAGCCAAUACCGAGCAAUGGAACCCCAUUAUUGUCCGGUGGUGAAUGUUCUGCUAAAAAGCCAGCAAUGACACCUCAAAAACUAGGAACUAAAACAGAACUUAAACCUGAUCCGGAGUUAAAACAAGAAGUUAAGCCAGCUGUACCAGACCCUGUAAAGACAAUUAUUACUCCAUCCUCGCCAACUGUUAAGCAAGUUGAAAUAAAACAACCAUCUAAACCAGUACCAGCUGUUCCAUUACCAACUAAAUCUACAAUUUCCAUAAAAGAUGAGAAACCAAGCGUUGAUACCACAAAGAAUAAUAAUGAAAGUAAUGCUUUUAACGGUGUAAAGUCACCGCCGGUUCCAAAACUAUUUGAAGCCACAAUUCCAUUUGAAAGUAAUGAAAUUUUGAAAGCCAAUCUUAAAGAUGCUACAAACGAUUUCUUGGUUAAAGAGUCCAAAGUACCUACACCCAAAACCAGUGAACUGUUAUCGGCAAAAAGAAAUCAAGACACCAUGGUUGAUGCUGCUGUUCUUACUAAGUUGGAAGAGGGUUUUGCCAAAUUGGCUGCCUCUGACUCCAAGUCUUUGUUGAAGAAGUACUUGACCAAGGAAGUUUUCGACAACUUGAAGAAUAAGAAGACUCCAACUUUCGGCUCAACCUUGUUGGAUUGUAUCCAAUCUGGUUUAGAAAAUCACGACUCUGGUGUUGGUAUCUAUGCUCCCGAUGCUGAAGCUUACACCGUAUUCGCUGAUUUGUUCGAUCCAAUCAUUGAAGACUACCAUGGUGGUUUCAAGAAGACCGAUAAGCAUCCACCAAAGAACUUUGGUGAUGUCAAUUGCUUCGGCAACUUGGAUCCCAACAAUGAAUUUGUCAUCUCAACACGUGUUCGUUGUGGUCGCUCCAUGCAAGGUUAUCCAUUCAACCCAUGCUUGACUGAAGCCCAAUACAAAGAGAUGGAAGAAAAAGUCUCUUCUACUUUGUCUGGUUUGGAAGGUGAAUUGAAGGGUAAAUUCUAUCCAUUGACUGGCAUGGAGAAAGCCGUUCAACAGCAAUUAAUCGAUGAUCACUUCUUGUUCAAGGAAGGUGAUCGUUUCUUGCAAGCUGCCAACGCCUGCCGUUACUGGCCCUCCGGUCGUGGUAUCUACCACAAUGACAACAAGACUUUCUUAGUCUGGUGCAAUGAAGAAGAUCACUUACGUAUCAUUUCCAUGCAAAUGGGCGGUGAUUUGGGUGAAGUUUUCAGACGUCUAACCUGCGCUGUCAAUGAAAUUGAGAAGCGUGUUCCAUUCAGUCAUGACGAUCGUUUGGGCUUCUUGACCUUCUGCCCAACCAACUUGGGUACCACCAUCCGUGCCUCCGUGCACAUCAAGGUGCCAAAACUCGCUGCCAACAAGGCUAAAUUGGAAGAAGUCGCUGGCAAAUACAACUUGCAAGUUCGCGGCACCCGAGGUGAACACACUGAAGCUGAAGGUGGUGUCUAUGAUAUUUCAAACAAACGUCGUAUGGGUCUGACCGAAUUCGAUGCUGUUAAGGAAAUGUACGAUGGCAUCACCGAAUUGAUUAAGCUUGAGAAAAGCAUGUAAAUCGCUCACAAACAUGUAGAGCUUUAAACAGCGGCAUUAACAACAGCUGCUAUUACCUUUUAGGCGUUUAUUUAUUUUUUUUUAAUUAAGAUAACAAUGAUUGGCAUUGCGGCGGCAGGCAUGAUUCUCUGCAUUUCAAAGACUAACUACUUUGUUUAGUUUAAGGGGAGUUAUUUUUGCGGGAGUGCGUUCAUGACCAAUCGUUCUUCAUGUCGUUGUAAGGAAAAUACGAAACUACGCCUUCCUCGUAUACUGAAUAUCACCAUCAUUUCUACUACAACAACAGCAACAACCACCAACAAAAAAAA